GAAAUAUUUCUAGAACCGGAACCGUGAUGGAACCGAUGUUUGUUAUGAAGCUCUUGACCGGAACCAGCACGGAGCUGAUAUUUCUUUUCAAUCGGGUCCUUCGUUCCAACUAGGUUCAGAAUCGGUUUGGUUGUGAUCGGCGAACAAAGUUGUUUGACAUUGAUAGUUGACUAAAACUUUUGGCGGCAACUUUUUUGAUCUUUUGUUUGUUUACAUUUUCAAUGUACUCCAAAAGCUGCCUCUAGAUUAAACAAACAUAAACAUUCGAAAGUUAUGGCUACAAAUAAUCAAAAUGCAUCGUCUUUGAGACGUACAUCCCGUCCGAAGAAACUGAGUUUAAAAGCGGUGGAAUCUCAGUACGCUACCAAAUUGAAAACAGCAGGAUUUGUGGCUUCGGUCAGCAGUAGCAGCGACGAAGAGUUCCACUUUAGCAGCGACGAAGAUCGAGAAAUCGCAGACAAACCGAAGCUCCUGCACGAAGACGAAACAGUCAAAGGCCAGGAAAUAUUCGCUUUCCAGACACGCAAACAAAAAGACGGUUUGGCAAUGAAAGUCCAGGAAGCAAUCAUUAGCAAAACACCUCACGUAGUCCGGUCGACAAUUAAGCAACGAUUAAAGGCUGUUUUCAAAGAUGGAAGCAGUGGCAGUGAAUUUGAAGUGUCUUCGGAAGAAGAAAGUUCAGACAGUGAUUCUACAUCCAGCCCCAGCGAGGAGGAAUCUGAAGAAGAAAAACCUAAAAAGUCAAUAAAAAAGCUGAACUUGGAUAUUGCUGCAACAAGUAAAGUAUCCAGUAAAGGCAGAAAAAUAAAACCUAAUAGCAAAUAUCUUAUACAAAGUGAAGAAUAUUUUGCUAAUUUGGGUUCGAGUAAAAUCAAAACAUCAAAUAACACAUUGGAUAAACUGCAAACACCAAGAUUACCACAGUAUGAACUUCAAAAAUUAUUGCUCAAAAAGAAGUUUUCUAGGGAACAUGCCAAGGCAGUUGAACAAUUGGACCACUGUAAUAAAAAUGUUUUUAAAAAGUGGCUUUAUGUAUUGAGACAAAAUUUUUCAAUUUUGCUUUAUGGUCUCGGGUCUAAAAAACAUAUUUUAAGUGAAUUUCAAGCAAGUUACCUCAUAGAUAUGCCUGUUAUAGUGAUAAACGGCUUUUUUCCUACUCUAACUAUAAAAAACAUUUUGGAUAGUUUUGUGCAAGAUUUACUAGAAUUAGACGAAAACCCUUCAAAUGUUAAUCAAAGUUUAGAGUUAAUCAUACAAGAAAUUAAGAAUAAUAUCGAUACAACCUUUUAUUUGUUAAUAAACAAUAUUGAAGCUUUAAAAAGUGCCAAAGCCCAAAGCAUUUUAGCAACAUUAGCCACUGUACCAAAUAUUCAUUUAAUCGCCACAAUAGACCACAUAAAUGCCCCAUUAAUAUGGGACAACCAUAAACUAAGCAAAUUUAAUUUCACUUGGUGGGACGUCACCAAUUUUAGCACGUACCAUCACGAAACUGAAUGCGAAAUGUCUUCAAUGACCCAACAGAAUAGUUCAUUGGCCUUAUCAAGUUUGAAAAACAUUUUUGCAUCACUCACUCAAAAUUCUAAGGCCAUUUAUAUAAAACUGGCCAAAUAUCAAAUUGAAAAUUCUGGACAGUUUUAUCAAGGGAUGGCUUUCAAGGAUUUGUAUAUGAAUUGCAGGGAAUCGUUUAUUGUCAGCUCCGAUUUGGCUUUGAGAGCGCAACUGACUGAAUUUAUUGAUCACAAAAUGGUAAGAACUAAAAGGUCUGUUGAGGACGGAACUGAAUAUUUGAUUGUACCGUUUAAUAAUAGUUUGUUGCAGAAAUUUAUGGAAGACUAUACAUAAGUCUAUUUUUGUGAUUGUACUUGAAGUGAUUUUUUUUUACGGAAGUCUGAAAGCCUUUGUUUCCACACAAAAAUUAUAAAAUAAAAUACCUUUUUUUAUUGUGCCGUUUUUUUUUUUAACUGGAACCAACCAACUUAUCUACAUAUUGUCACAGCUCAUGGGGUGCGUGACAAAAAUCUUGGGUCUGUUUAUUCCAAAAAUCAAAGUCCAAUUAACACAACAAUAACUUAUUCCGCGUUACUAUAAUACACUCUGAUACUAAUUAACUCAAACAAGUUAACUCUUUACAACUCUUACAAAAUUCAUUAUCUAAAUCGUAUCACAGUUAAUCUUAAGCUGAAAAAC